UCCAUCCUCCCUCACCGAAACCGACGAUUAACCCCGCAAACCGCAACCGCGGGAGGAUGUGAGGCGCAGCAGAGCCCAGUUCAGUUUGAUCUGAAUCCUCAGCGUCGCGUUUGGGGCUUAUUCCCGGUGAAAAUGGCGACGGGGGCAGGCUGGCAGCCUCCGUACAGCACCGCGACUAGCAACACCAAAUAUCCCCCGUGUACAACGUCCAGCAUGAUUUACGACGGGAGUUUAACGCUGGAAUACACGCAAGACCUGCAUCUGAAGAUGAGCAAGAAGAUAGCACAACUGACCAAGGUAAUUUAUGCUCUCAACACCAAGAACGAUGAACACGAAGAAGAAAUCGAGUCUCUGAAAGAAGCUCACGAGGACGAGGUCCAACACAUUGUGACAGAAACCAGAGACAAGAUCAUGCAGUACAAGAGUAAAAUGGCAGACGAGGCGGACCUGAGGCGACGGCUUGCCAGUCUGGAGGAAUCUGUGGAGCUCCACGAGCACAUGAAGAGACAGGCUCUAGCAGAGUUUGAGAUGUACAGACAGAGAAUGGAGGACUCACAGCUGUGCACUGAGGCCCAGCACACACAGAGGGUGGUUUCUAUGAGCAGAGAGGUGGAGGAGAUGCGUCGGGAUUUUGAGGAGAAGCUGCGGGCGUUCAGCCAGGCUCAGGCGCAGUUUGAGGCUGAAAAACGGCGAGCGCUGGAGGAGCUGAGGGCUACCCACCGCCAGGAGGUGGAGGAACUCCUCAACAACCAGCGGAACCAAAGCGCCACCUCCACAGAAGACCAGGAGAAGCUGGCUGAGCUUCAUAGACAAGAGGUGGAGGCAUUGAUGGAGAGGGUAGAGGAGCUAACAAAAGAUAAGGUCCGCCUGGUGGAGGAGUAUGAGGCCAAGCUGGGCAAGGCUCAGGAGUAUUAUGAGAGAGAGCUGGAGGCCAUGAGGAGGACGCACCAGCUCACCACUGAGAACCUGCUGGCCUGGAAGAGGACUGAGGUUGAGCUUCGUAAGGAGUUCCAGGCACAGGAAGCGGCAUUGCAGCGUUCGCUCUCCAAGCUGAGGAGCGAGCUUCAGAAAGCUCAGGAGGAGGCCAGAGAGAACCGAGACAAGACCAACAGGCUGCAGACAUCACUGGCCAACGCUGAGGGAACCAUCAAGAACCUUCACAAGCAGCUGGAAGAGGCCAUCCAGGACGGCGAGAUCUGGGUGAUGCAGCUGAAGGACACCGAGUAUGAACUAGAGAGCAGCAGAGAACGAGUUCAGCAGCAGGCUACUGAAAUCCUCCACAAAGCCAGUCAGAUCGGUUCCUUGCAGGCAACCCAGAUGGCCCACGAGGCGACCAUCAGGAACUUGGACCUGGAGCAGAGUCGCCUCAAGGAGAAGAUCAGCAGGCUGGAGGAGGAGAGGGAGGCUCUGCUCAGCCAGAGCCAGACCGCCAACGAACAGCACAAACAACAAGUGCUCAAACUAGAACAGUCUCUGCGUGAGGAGCACCAGGGCUAUGAGAAGGAGCUCACCAGGUUAAGAGGGCACUAUGAGGAAGAGACACUUCGCUUCAAGGAGGCACAGGUCAGAGCGCUGGAGGAGCUGGAGGAGAAACACCAGUCAAUGAGAGAGGAAGCCCAGCAAGAGAAGGAGGAGGAGAAGAGACUGCUGAUGACGAAAAUGAGCCAGGAGUUUGAGAUUAAACGGCUGUCAUUAGAGGAGCAGAGAGAUCGCCUCCAGCAGCAACUUGACAACUUGAAAGAGGAGCUCUCGGCCAAAGUCAACAUGGCCAAUCAGGAAGUGUCCCACCUUCAGGAGUUGGUGAGAGAGGGGGAGCAGAACCUGAGCUCAGCUCAGACACAGAUUACCUGUCUGAAGGAAACUCAGGAGAAACUCAGGAUAGAGCUAGAUGCCACUAGAGCCCGCGUCCGAGAGACAAGCAACCUGCUGACUGACCUACAGGAAGAGAUUGAGACCCAGAAACAGCAGCAUGAGGCCAGAGUGAUGUCCAUCAGAACAGAGGAGAAGCAGAAGAUGGACAAGAUGGCAGAUGACUUGGAUCGGAAAUGGAGAGAUGCACUGCGGGAAGAAGUGCGUUUGUUAAAGGAGGAGUUGACCGAGGAAUAUGAAGCAGACAAACAGGCGGCGAUGACUCAACUCUCCCAGCAAAAAGAGCUGGAGAUGAUGGCAGCAAGAGAGAGCUGGCAGAGGAAGGUCGAAGACCUGCUGGAGCAGAUCUCUCUCCUGAAACAGUCCCUGGAGCUGCAGUUGUCUCAGUCUCAGUCAGCCCUCCAACAGCUGCAGUCCCAGUUCAACCAGGAGAGAGAGCUCCUGAGCCAACAGCUUAAAGAGAUGCAGAGAGAACAUCAGAGGAGAGAGCAUCGAUUGCAGGAGGCUCACUGCUGUGCCCUGAGCACCAUGGAGGAAGCCAGGCAGCACCAGAUAAGAGCCCUCGAGGAACGUCUGAAGCAGGAGCAGCGGGAGGAGGUUCACGCUUUGAAGGAAGCCCACAGGAGGACCUUAGAAAUCCUCAGACAGCAGUCAGACCAGGAGCUGCAGACACUGCGAUUUGAAUUGGAGGAUGAAGGGAAAGCAAAGCUGGCUUCCCUUCGUGCAGAACUGAACCACCUCCACGCGACAGCCAUUGAGCACCUGAAGCAGAUCCACCUCAAAGAGCACACUGCCACCAAACGAGAGUUGGAGAAGGCCAAGGAGCACAGCCAAAACCAGGAACAAGAUCUCUUAAUUCGUAUCUCAGACCUGCAGGCAGAGCUGUGUUCUCGUAGCAACCGUAUCACCGACCUGGACCACGAGAUCCACUCUCUUAACGAGACCAUCGACACACUGACCAGAGAGCUGGAGCUGAAGGGCAAAGAGGUGCUGCGGGUCCGCAGUGAAGCUAACCAUCAGAUAAGAGCUCACGAACAAGACCUUGCAAAGAGACACGAGAGGGAGAUGGGCGAGCUCAAUAUAGUCCAUCACAGAGAAACACAAAUCAUGCUGGCUGACUUCAACAAGGCCCAGGAGGUCCUCAAAGACAAGAUUUCGGCUCUACAAAUACUUUUGGAGGGCACAGAGGAGAAGUUAAGAAACCGAGAAAGCCGACCAGAAGACCUGCAUCUUAUAGCGGAGCUCAGAGAGAUGGUCACUGAAAGAGAAGCUCUGGUCAAAAAGCUGGUGGAUGACAAGAAGUUCUACCAGUUGGAGUUGGUCAACAGAGAGACCGGCUUCAACAAGGUCUUUAAUUCCAGUGCCAAUGUUGGUGUCAUCAACCCUCUUAUUAAGCCAAAAACAGGCAGCCAAUCAGAUCACCGCUUCACCAGCUUUCCUAGCCAUUCAGCUCUCCGAUUCGUCAGCCCUCCCACCAUGAGUCAUGAAGGACAGGAAGAGGUGGGACGGGAGGUGGAGGAGGUAGGAUCAGGAGGGCCUUUUGUGCCUCCUAACUCCCCCCUCCAGAGGUCCCUCCCCAGACUUAAGAAACCCCUUCCACUAUUCAGCCCUUUUCCUCCCGCUCCUCUUCCUCAGCAUCCUCCUCCUCCUCCUCCUCCUCCUUCUUCUCCUCAUCUUCCACAUCAUCCCAUGCCAAGCCUUGCUCUUCCUCAUGCUCCUCAUCCUCAGGAAUCUCUGGUGCAGCAUCAGGGCCCGCAGAGCUUUGGGAGCCUUCCUGAAGCGACACCAUCAUCAGACCCCACGUGGACGGAGGCAGGAAAAAGCAAAGAAUAUGUCGCAAAAGAAGAGGAGCUGUACGCCCAGUACUUCACUUUCUGACUCACAAAAUCCUAAUAAUGUCAAAAAAAAAAAACAAGUAAUGGGACAGAGAGCUAAAGUUGGACAGCGAUCAAACUGCAGGUUUCGAGAGUCAUUUGGGCGACAUGAAUAUGAGACGUCCACUCCUCAUUGCAGCACUCCCAUCUGUCGUGCGCAUCACCGAGUGAAUUUAACCGUAGGGCUUCCAUACAUGGUGAGCAUGAUGAGUAGUGUGCCUUGUCAUUGCUUCAUCAUGAACGUGUGCAUGGCAGAAAGAGGUGAAGUGACAUAAAACAUUAGAAUACAGCAGUUUGUCUUUAUAUUUAUACCAUCUGUUAUUCUGCAAAAUAGACCAUUUGUAUGAGCUCUCAUGCUAACCAACAUAAAGUAUAACAGAAAAUUACAAGUUAAAAGGAAUUAUUGUGUUUAUAAUUUAAAAUUGAUAAUUUAUUUCAUGCCCUACGACAGGCUGGCGGCCUGUCCUGCCUCUCACCCUAUGGCAGCCGCAAUAGGCUUUAUUUAAGUGAUACACUGAUUUUUUAGUUGAAUGAGGAGGUCCGGUUUUAUUUGAUCCAGGAAUCUUUCCCAUUAGGCGAAUGUUUUAACCACUACAGAAAUUUUCAGCGUAGCCAGUUUAAAGAUACAAAGUUAAGAAGUCAGCCAGCACCCCAACUUACCCAACCACCUGAUUACCUGAAGAGGAUGUCGAAGUUAUCGUCUUCAUCCGUGGGUUCAGUCUCUUAUCCGUUGGCUGCAGGUCCUUCCAGCCUAUCAAAAGGUCGGCUCUUCAGCUUUUAGAUGUAGUUUGUCUUUGAAAAGGUGUUUUCUCAGAUCAGAUGUGUUGCCAUGGCCAGCUUUGCAUUUUGUACUGCAAAUGUUUCCUGUGCAUUGAGAUUUGAAAAGCGUAUGCUGCCGUUACCAUGUAUGUUAGUCCUUUAACACAUGACAUCACAUGGUCUCGCUCAAUUUCUUCCUCUAACCCAGAUGUGCUCCGGUACCAAAAUUUGGCACCAGUUGAUGACGUGUGACUCGGUACUCGGUGCCAAGUUGUGCACCCAACCCUUGUGCAAACAUAUAAAAAGCCAGUUUGAUAUCAGGUAAUGUAAUUAAAAAUGCUCCAACAACACAAAAAGAUCAGUUUUAAUAAAAUGAACAGGCUGAGGUGUAGCUUAGCCUAAUGGCUACAAAGGCCUUGUCACCACCCACCUGCUACGUACAGACCAUGGCUGAUUUUAAGCCUUUAUACAGUUUAAACAGGCCAGUUAUAUUAAAGCCUGAUCCCCACACAGGAUAUUUAUACUCUUAAAAAUUGAUAUUUUAACAUAGGACUCAAUGAGAAUUGACUUGAUUUUGGAGCCAGCCUCAAGUGGUCAUUUGGGGAACUGCAGUUUUUCUGUUUUAUUGCGGCUUAGUUGUAAUUCAGCAAUCUUGAUAUUCUUUUCUUUUUUAAAAAAAAUCAAUUAUGAUAAAAUAACUGAUAAAAAUGAGUUGUAAUAAUCCUUAUUCUGAACUAUUAGAAAGUUUAAAGAUCCAUGAAGUACUAAAUACUUCCAUGUAACUCCAAAAAUUGACAUUUUGAGCUCAUGCAAAUGUUCAGUGUUGCAGGUAGCAUGCUGUACAGUUAGUGUGUUAAAAGAAAUGAGUGCGUAGCUCAUCGAUGUGUCUUACAAGCUGUAAUCUGUCCAGGAGAGCUUUCAGAGCUCAGACAGGAUGAAGUGAUUAUGCCUUGAUACUUGCCUUUGGUCCAUCUGUAGUAUAAAUACACAUUUCUCAUCCAGACCUGAUCUUGAGGGAAAAGGACUGACCUGGCUGUUCAUUCGAGUUGCGUUUUUGGCAUCUGCAGUACGAUAAACUACAGUGCACCACAAUAACGACACCAGCAAAAAAAAAAA